UAUCCACUUAUCCCCCCUUCUGCAACUCCUUCCUGCAGCAAAUGCCCUAGCCUCCACCAAUCGUCGUCGCCGUCUGUCGGAGUAGGAGAUUGCUGCCGCCGUCCGUCGCACUCAAGAACUACCGUCUUCGUGCUCUCGGGCCUCUCGCCGGAUCCUCCGCGUCGUGUGCUCGCAUCUCGCCUCUCUCCUCUGUGCUCGGCUGCUCGCGCCUCCCUCCUCCAGUGAGUGCUCGAGCUGUGCGCGUUGGUUGCUGCUCAUUGUCCGUGGUUGUCUCUGCUCGAUUCUGCCUCCCAGUGUCACUCGAGUCUCAUCUCAGUCACUGGCAUCUCGUGGUUCGCCUGUCUCGUCUCCGGCGGCAGAAGCAACUCGUGGGGUUGUCUCUUGCUUCGUCGCCUUCCGUGGGGUGGUCGCUGACUCGCCGUCAACCGUUGGUUCAGUGUUGGCUGCAACUUUCAAAUGGGAAUUAGGAGCUGGUGAAGAUAACAACAUCUUCUGGGACUGAGUCUGUUGUUUCACUGCCUGAUGAGAAAGAGUUUUUUUUGGUUAUACAGUAUUUUUUAAAUUGAGGGAUGGCAUGGACUUGAAGUUCCUUUUCAAUGGAGCCCAAUUAAGCCCAAAAGCCCAAACCAUCAAAAUUUGAAAAAAGCUUGUCGUCCAAAAAAGAGCGGGGGGAAAUUCACAGCUUUACGGGAGCAGAGGAGAAGGCGAUGGAGAAGUCGAAAAUGGUUGAAGCAGGUGGCAACAACAACGAUUGUUCUUCAAUGGAAACGGGAUUCGGAAGCAACUUCUCCGAUUUGACCAAGUCCUUCAGUUUGGCCCUUCGUUCUCUCCUCACUUCUUGCUCCAACCAGGAAUUCAAUGAAGCUUUCUCAACUUUUACUGACACUGAAACACAAUUUCUUCAUCGUCUAUUUCUUCAGCUCAUCACUUCGUUGCAUGAAAACAUAGAGGAAGAGUUUAAAUCAAUCUGCCUUCGAACAAAGGUAGGAGCCACCCUCGAUGCAGUUGAGGAAGUCAUAGAAGAAAGAGAUCUCGAUCCCUUAUUUUCAGAGAGGAGUAACAUAAUGGAUGUUGCUGAGGAUCUGUCUGCGGCAAAGAAGAAUGAAAUUCAACAUCUAAAGGAGAUGGUGCAGUUGGGAGAGGAAAAGAAUCAAAUGCUUCGAUCACGAUUACAACUCCUUAGGGAAGGCAGACAAGUCUCGUCUGGUGCUUUCCAAGCUGUUGAGAAGUUCAGAAGCAUGAAUUUGAGCUAUGGUGCUAACAUCAGUGACAAGUGAUGGGAUCCAUGACAUGAUGUAUAAACUAUGUUUCAUCCUCUUGUAGAUCAUUCCUACAAGGUUGUGUAGUUUUUUUGAAGAUUCAAAUAUUCAAUGUUAGCAAAGUACCUUUCUAUAGAAUCAUUACAAGUACUUAAAUCACUUCACAA